GCGCUGUAGAGACCGACGAGCUUCAAAACCACAGAGUAGAAGAAGGUUCUCCACGACUUUGACGUUUAGCAGCUGAGGCUCUCUUGACCUUCCCUCUGCAACGUGACAAACAGAAAGGUAAGAUGGCUGGACGUGUAUUUGCUAGCUGGUGGGCCAAGAUGAGCCCCUACUACACAAAGGCAUAUCAAGAGAUGUGGGUCGGUGUUGGUAUCAUGACAUACCUGUACUACAAAGUUUCCUAUGGAGGCAAGAAAGCUGUAAAAGACAAGCCUGCCCAUUGAGUUUUCCACCACGCUGACCACCUGCUAAUAAAUAAUGCCCCCAUCGUCAUAGUCCAGUAAUCCAGCUUUAUGUUUGACUUUUGUUAAUAUGGAACAAAUAAAGUUAUCCAACAUCUUUCA